CUCUAUCUCUCUGUAUUUCAUCUGUGAAACCAACCAUGGCCUUCGAUCGAACGAGUGUUGUUCGGGAAGGUUAUUGUUCGUUUGGGUAGACCGUUCAGACUGCAAUUGUUCGAUGGGUAGCACCGUGGCAGUGGUGCCCGUAACUUGUUUGACGAAAUGAUUGACAAAAAGUGACCAACUAAAUGAAUCUUUCCAUUUGUGAGAGAGAGACCGCGCGCGAGAGAAUUCGAGUGUAAACUUAGCAUUCUCGUGUCAUGUUGGUAAUGUUGAAGCAUAAGGGGGCAUUGGUAGUGAGGAGAAGGAAAAAAUGGGUGGUAUCCCUCGGCCACUGCGAAUCCUGGCAACGACGGCUGCCGUGUUUGUCGGUGGGGCAUUCACCCUCUCCCUCUCGUCGUCUCUUGCCAUUCGUGCACUUCAGUCUGUUUCUGACGCCAAGAAGAGAAAGAUUGCUACAAAAUGUGAGGCCUGCAAGGGAAGCGGCUUCUACCCAUGUAAACUCUGCGAAGGAAAAUCAACCAUUGAAUGGUCGCCUCUGUUUGAUCCAGUGGUCAUGAAUCCAUGCCUUUGUCCAACGUGUGAAGGCAACAAGGUGCAAAGAUGUCUCAACUGUCUUGGCAAGGGUUAUGCCUGAAGAUGGGUCCCCUUUCUUUCUAUGUUCUUAUCUUUUUCCUUUCUGAUCCUCCGUUAUCCAGCUCUAUUUGCGGGAUCCUCUCAGUGAAAUGAACAAGGGUAUUGUAGAUCUGUAUCUUGCUUGAUAAAAUGCAGUUGACGAUCUCGGUA